AUGCCUCCCGAUUCUUCUUUCUCGCCGGCCGGUACGCUUUCCCGUCGCCCUACUCCCCUUCCCGUCGCCCGAAUCACGUUCCCGCCGCCCGGUUCCCCUUUCCCGCCGCCCGAAUCCCCUUCCGCGCCGCCUGAAUCCCCUCUCCCGCCCAUUGAUUCCCGGCGGGCCUCCCGACCGCCGCGUCCCGUCGUCCGAUUCCCCUUUCGCGCCGCUGGAAUCCCGUUCCCGCCGCCCGCUUCCCCUUUCCCGCCGCCCGAUGCGCCUUCCCGCCGCCCGAUUCCCAUUUCCCGCCGCCAGACUCCCCUUCCCGCCUCCCUAUUCCCCUUUCCGUCGCCCGAAUCCCCCUCCCUCCCUUCCCUCCCUUCUCUCCCGUCCCUCCCUUCUCUCCCUUCCCUCCCUUCUCUCCCUUCCCUACCUUCUCUCCUUUCCCUCCCUUCUGUCCCGUGCCUCCCUUCCCUCCCUUCUCUCCCUUCCCUCCCUUCGCUCCCUACCCUCAGUUCCUCCAAUCCCUGUCUUCUCACCCGUCUCUCCCUUCCCUCCCUUUCUCCCUUCCCUCCCUUCCCUCCCUUCCCUCCCUUCUCUCCCUUCUCUCCCGUCCCUCGCUUCCCUCCUUCCCUCGCUUCCCUCCUUCCCUCGCUUCCCUCCCUUCCCUCCCUUCACUCCCUUCCCUGCCUUCCCUCCCUUCCCUCCCUUCCCUCCCUUCCCUCCCUUCCCUCCCUUCCCUCCCUUCCCUCCCUUCCCUCCCGACCCUCCCUUCCCUCCCUUAUCUCCCUUCUCUCCCUUCCCUCCCUUCCCUCCCUUCCCUCCCUUCCCUCCCUUCCCUCCCUUCCCUCCCUUCCCUCCCGUCCCUCCCUUCCCUCCCUUAUCUCCCUUCCCUCCCUUCCCUCCCGUCCCUCUCUUCCCUCCCUUCCCUCCCUUCCCUCCCUUCCCUCCCUUCCCUCCCUUCCCUCCCUUCCCUCCCUUCCCUCCCGUCCCUCCCUUCCCUCCCGUCCCUCCCUUCCCUCCCGUCCCUCCCUUCCCUCCCUUCCCUCCCUUCUCUCCAUUUUCUCCCACCCCUCCCUUCCCGCCCUUCUCUCCCCCCCUACCACCCUUUUCUCCCUUCCAUCUCAUCCCGACUUCCAAUCUUCCGUCUCUCCCUUCCCUCCCUUCUCUCCCGUCCAUCCCUUCCCUCCUUCCCUCCCUUCUCUCCCUUCUCUCCCGUCCCUCCCUUCCCUCCCUUCUCUCCAUUCUCACCAUUUUCUCCCUUCUCUCCCUUCCCAUUUGUUUCUCUCCUCCCCUACCACCCUUUACUCCCUUCCAUCUCAUCCCUCCUUGCAAUCUCCCGUCUCUCCUGUCCCUGCCUUCCCUCCUUCCCUCCCUUCUCCCCCUUCCCUCCCUUCUCUCCCUUCCCUCCCUUCUCUCCCUUCCCUCCCUUCCCUCCCUUCACUCCUUUCCCUCCCUUCCCUCCCUUCCCUCCCUUCUCUCCCUGCUCUCCCUUUCCUCCUUCCCUCCCUUCUCUCCCUUCUCUCCCGUCCCUCCCUUCUCUCCCUUCCCUCCAUUCUCUCCAUUUUCUCCCUUCUCUCCCUUCCCGCCCUUCUCGGUCCCCCCUACCAUGACGCUAGCAUGGGGGGGAAAACGGGCCGAGCAUGCGGGGUUGGCAGCAAGGGGCAGACCAGCGAGGAGAGGAGCCAGAAUGGCGAGACAGAUGGCCGACUGGUCAAGAGACCCCUGGCAAUUGAGCGGCCCCAGUUGGCAAGCCAGCCGGCUGAGAGCGCUCCACACGCUAAGAUGAGCAGCGAUGCACUCUCCGCCCAGUCUGGGAAGGGAGGGGGACGGAGGGAAAAGAGGAUGUGA